UCCUGGGGAGCCGCGGGCGAGCGCACGGACAGGUGGAGCGGCGGGGCGGCCGGUGCCGGUGCUGUCCGGGGGCUGCCCCGCCGGGCUCCGCUCCUGCGCUCCGGCCGCUCCAUCCCCCGGUGCGCUGCUGGAGCCGCGGCGAUGAGCGCGGAGCUGGACGGCGUGUCCGUGCACUCCUCCUCCUCCUCGUCGGGCUCGCUGGGCUCGGCGGCGGGCCCGGCUCCGCGGCCGCUCUCGGCGAACGUGCGGCGGCUGCACCAGGCGCUCACGGCGCUGCUGAGCGAGGCGGAGCGGGAGCGCUUCAUCCUCUGCCUCAACGCCUACCACGGCCGCCGCAACGUCUGCGACCUGGUGCGCUCCCUGCGCGCCCUCCUCGACGGGCCCCGCCGCCGGCAGCUGCUGCCGCUGCUGCGCCUGGUCCUGCCGCGCUCCGACCAGCUCCUCUUCGACCAGUACACGGCCGAGGGGCCCUACCUGCCGCCGCCCGGCCGCCCCCCGCCGCCCCCCGCCCCGCCGCCGGUGCUGCCGGGCGAGCUGCGCCAGGUGACGCUGCGCCGGAGCAAAGCCCACGAGGGUCUGGGCUUCAGCAUCCGCGGAGGUGCCGAGCACGGCGUGGGCAUCUACGUGUCGCUGGUGGAGCCGGGCUCCCUGGCCGAGCGGGAGGGGCUGCGCGUCGGCGAUCAGAUCCUGGGGGUCAACGGCAAGUCCCUGGACAGGGUGACCCAUGCCGAGGCGGUCAAGGUGCUGAAGGGCUGCAAGAAGCUGAACCUGGCGGUGCACUCGGUGGGGCGCAUCCCCGGGGGCUACGUCACCAACCACAUCUACAGCUGGGUGGACCCCCAGGGCCGCAGCGUGUCCCCCCCCUCGGGGCUGCCCCAGCACCAGCACAGCUCCCUGCGCAGGGACAGCCACAGGAGGAGCCACCUGCAGCUGCUGCAGGAGGGAGAUGAGAAGAAGGUGAAUCUGGUCCUGAACGAAGGGAAGUCCCUGGGACUCAUGAUCCGAGGAGGGGCAGAAUAUUCCCUGGGCAUCUACAUCACAGGUGUGGACAAGGGCUCUGAGGCAGAGAGCACUGGCUUGAAGGUGGGGGACCAGAUCCUGGAGGUGAACGGGCGGAGCUUCCUGAGCAUCCCCCACGACGAGGCGGUGAAGCUGCUCAAGUCCUCGCGGCACCUGAUGAUGACGGUCAAGGACAUCGGGCGCCUGCCCCACGCCCGCACCACGGUGGACGAGACCCGCUGGAUCUCCAGCUCCCAGCUGGGGGAGACCCUGCUCAGCUCGGCAGGGGCAGUGGGUGACCAUGCCAUGGACGUGGCAGCCAGGCCCGUGUUCUACCGGGGGCUGGCGGGCUCGCAGGUGACCCUGAGCAGCAUGGUGAACCAGACCCGGGUGAUGCUGGAGGAGCAGGCACGGCACCUGCUCAACGAGCAGGAGAGAGCCACCAUGGGCUACUACCUGGAUGAGUACAAGGAGGGCAACAUCUCUGUGGAUGCUCUGGUCAUGGCCCUGUUCGAGCUGCUCAACACACACGCCAAGUUCUCGCUGCUCUCCGAGGUGCGGGGGGUGAUCUCCCCACAAGACCUGGACCGCUUCGACAGCCUGGUGCUGAAGAGGGAGAUCGAGUCCAUGAAGGCGCGGCAGCCGGCGGGGCCGGGCACCGACUGCGGCUCCAUCGUGUCCUGCAGCGACACCGCCUCGUCCUCCAGCAGCCACUUCACUGCCACCACCGUCAGCUCGGCGCGGGAGCGGCUGCUGUGGCUGAUAGACCUGAUGGAGAACACGUCAGAGCUGGAGGGAGCUGGGGACUGCCACCAGAGCAGCAUCAACACCCUGCCAGAUGUGUCCCUGGAUGAUCUCUCCUCCUUCCCAGAGGAACCACCCAACUUCAAGCCUCCUCCUCCUCCGUCCGCCCCGCAGACCCUGGACCCCUCCUGUGCCCAGCAGCGGCUCCCAGCCAAGGACAAGCCCAAGCGCCCCUCCUCCGAGUCCUCCCAGUCCGGCCUUUUCUUCGUGGCCCCCCGAAACCCCUCUCCCCCCGCCCAGCCCCCCGAGAAGGACACGGUCAGCGUCACCUCCACGGGCACCGAGGACUCGGCCCCCAGCGCCAUCUACGCCACCAUCUCCCCGUCCCUGCUCGGCCCCAUCGGGCCCUUCCCCCGGGUCCAGCCCCCCAGCAGGCUGCAGAGCCCGUCCCCAGAGGGGCUGCAGAGCCCCCCGGCCCCCAGCCCGCCCCCGCCGCCCCCGCACCCCGCGCCCCCUCCCCCGGACAAGGGCAGCCCCCAGGCCAACCAGCACUUCAUCAUGGUGGAGGUGCACCAGCCCAACAGCGAGCCCGACGUCAACGAAGUGCGGCCCCUGCCCCAGGCCAGAGCCUCCACGCUCUCCCAGCUGUCGGACAGCGGGCAGACGCUCAGCGAGGACAGCGGGGUGGACAUCGGGGAGGCGGAGACGAGCGGCAAGGACAAGAGCCGGCAGCCGGGCGGCGGGAGGAGCCGGAGCCUCAAGGAGGCGGCGACGAGCGAGGGGGCGGCGGAAGGGGCGUCCAAGCCGCCAGGGCUGCUGGAGCCCACGUCGUGUCUGAUCCGGGUGUCCAAGAGCGCUCCCACCCUGGGCAUCGCCAUCGAGGGCGGCGCCAACACGCGGCAGCCGCUGCCCCGCAUCGUCACCAUCCAGCGGGGGGGCUCGGCGCACAACUGCGGCAAGCUGAAGGUGGGACACGUCAUUCUGGAGGUGAACGGCACGGGGCUGCGAGGGAAGGAGCACCGGGAGGCUGCGCGCAUCAUCGCCGAGGCCUUCAAGCUGAAGGACAAGGACUACAUCGACUUCCUGGUCACAGAGUUCAACGUGGCCCUUUAGGGGCGGGGUGGGGAGCGCUGGGACGGGAGGAAGGUGUGACAGCAGCGUCCCCCCGGCCGGCAGCACCGCCCCCGCACACACACACACCCAGCUUGUCCCCAAAGGUCCCCAGGGCCUCGCGCAGCGCGGGCUGAGAACGGGAACAUCCCUCCAGUCUCUGUCCCUGUCCUCUCCCCUCGGCCAGCCCGGGAGCGGGGCAGGAGCACGGCGCAGUCUGGGUGUCCCCGCUGUCAUUGAGUGCCACACACACGCACAGCUGGUGGGACCCUGGAGGGAGUUCUGGGGUUUGCUGCUCCCUUGGGUGGUCCCCAAGGUGCCCAGGUGGGUGGGGAUGCAGAGAGAGCAACUGGAGGCCUUGUAAAUCGCUGGCAAUGUCGUCGUAUUUAUAUAUACAGAGCUUGUGCUUUUAAUUUUUCAAUAAAUCUAUCAGGGUAG